AUGUCACAAUCUACAGGAGUGGCAAGACCGAAACCUUGGGAACAAAAAGCUGCUCAAGAUGCUGUAGUUUCUGAUGGAGGAUUGACAGAUAAGGGAAAUGCGCUGACUGCUGCGAGUAAUGAGCCAGUUUUACCUUCAAGACCUUCAGGUCUGGAUAGUGAAGGGCUAGAUUCUACAAAUGGGUCUUCUAUGCUGCGAAAUGGGAUGUCUGGAAUGUCUGGGAUGUCUGGAAUGUCUGGUUAUGGCAGUUCUUUGUAUGGCGGUGGAUAUGGAAUGGGAUCGAUGUUUGGAGGUGGAUUGGGUUCCAUGUACGGAGGUGGAUAUGGUAUGGGAUCUAUGUAUGGAGGUGGGUUAGGAUCUAUGUAUGGAGGUGGCUAUGGCUCUGCUUAUGGAAUGAAUGGAAUGAACGGGAAUGGCGGGCCUUCUGGUAUUGCGGAGUCUACACAAGCUACUUUCCAGUUAAUCGAGGGACUCAUAGGAGCUGUGGCUGGAUUUGCACAGAUGUUAGAAGCUACAUACAUGGCAACCCAUAAUUCAUUUUUCACAAUGAUAACUGUUGCUGAACAAUUCCAGUACAUGAAGGAACUUUUAGGUUCUUUCUUUGGAAUAUUUGCAAUUAUCAAGUUUAUCAAGAAGAUCUUGUAUAAAGUUACAGGAGGGAAAAUGGGCGUUGUCCCAUCUAAAAAGCAAAUAAACGGUGCUCAUGGUCAAGGUCAGUCUUCUGAUCUUUCGAAGAAAUUAGUCGAGGAAUUUAAUGCCAAGAGAGGCCAAGACGGUGUAAAUAAGAAGGGCAAGAGAAUAUCGUGGAAACCUUUGAUCAUGUUCCUGGCCGCUGUAUUUGGAUUCCCGUAUCUCUUGAAUAAAUUUAUUCAAAAGUUACAACAACAACAGAGAAAGAAACUAACUGGAACGAUGAACCAACGCACGCUAGACCCUAAUAAUUUAGAGUUCGCUAGAGCCAUCUAUGAUUUCGUUCCAGAAAAUCCCAGGAUCGAAUGUGCUUUGAAGAAGGGCGAAUUAAUGGCCAUAAUAUCCAAACAAGAUCCAAUGGGAAAUAAUUCAGAAUGGUGGAAAGUCCGGACUAAACAAGGGAAUAUCGGGUAUGUUCCUUAUAACUACCUUGAAUUAAUCAAAAAGCGCAAGCCAGCAGAUCCUACCACUCCAAAGGAGCAGACGCCAACAAAAUCAAGAGCGGAAACACCAGGAGCCACAUCUCAGAUCCAGGCAUAA